AUGAAGCUUCCAUUCGACGGAGAUUUGGAUCCUCGAACUUUGCCCUUUCCAACUCUAAUUGACCAUUAUGUCAAGACCAAGCCCGAUGCUAUCUACGCCGAAUACCCCAUUAAUCCUACAAGCUACGAUGAGGGUUAUCGAAAAAUAACUUACAAAUCAUUUGGCAACGCGGUCAAUGGCCUCGCGAAAUUUCUGGUCGAGUCAUUGGGGCCCGGGAAUGGCGAAGUGUUAGCCUACGUGGGUCCAAACGACAUACGAUACCCUGCUUUGGUUGUAGGCGCUCUGAAAUCCGGCUACUGCAUGUUUAUGACUUCCCCCCGGAAUAGUGCUGAGGCUCAUCGGUCUCUACUAAAAACUCUGGACUGCAACACACUGUUGACUCCUGUGCCUCGACCCCCCUUUAUCGGAGCUAUCUUGGAAGCCCAUCCAGUGAACACUCUAGAUAUUCCGAGUCUGGAGACACUACUAACAUCCGAGUACCCUCAUUUUGAGUUUUCAAAGUCUCUUUCCGAAGUGCUGCAUGAGAAAUUUGCGAUCGUUCACACCUCAGGGUCAACAGGUAUCCCCAAACCCAUUAUCUGGAAGAACGAUAGUGGCGUGAAAAACAUGAACAUGCAAUUUCUUCAGCCUCCUGAAGGCUCUGAAUCACAAGAGUCAUUAUCCUUUGGAAAGAGAUUAUAUAUGACUCUACCUCCAUUCCAUGCUGCUGGAUUAGCCUACAUGCUAUUACUUAAUGUGCCCGCAGAUGUCACUAUUAUUGUUCCCACCUCGGGCGGCUUACCCAGUCUAGCCUCGCUGUUGUCUGCGAGGGAAAAGACACCAUUUGACUGCGCACUUGUUCCACCCACUAUCAUUGGCGAGAUAGCAAAAGACUCGAAAGCUCUCGAAUACUGUAGCACUCAUCUAGAUCACAUUAUGUAUGUUGGAGGUGAUGUACCCCAGCUGAUGGGUAAUGUAGUGGCUGCUCAGAUGCCUCUCAUGAAUGGAUAUGGUGCAUCGGAAACAGGACUUUUGAAUGUAAUUCACUCGUCUGACCGGGAUCCCAAGACAGAUUGGCGUUACCUCAAUUUCCAUCCAGAUCUUGGGAUCGAGAUGCAGCACGUCUCUGGGGAUGAGUAUGAGGCAGUGAUGGUGCGUGGUCCAUCAAGUGAAGCUCAUCAAUGCCCCUUUGUUCUUUUCCCAGAUCUCCAGGAGUAUCAUACCAAGGAUCUCAUGAUCCGCCAUCCUACAAAACCAGACCUUUGGCGCCCAUGUGCUCGUCUUGAUGAUGUGAUUGUUUUCCUUAAUGGAGAGAAAACCAAUCCUGUUUCCAUGGAGCACCAUAUCGUGGCUGUGAACCCAGGAGUAACCGGCUGUCUGGUGGUCGGUGCACAGCGCUUCCAGGCUGCUCUUAUUGUUGAGAUCGGUGGUGAGUCUCUCAGUGUGAAUGACCGCGCCGCAAUGAUCGAUUGGCUCUGGCCUAGUAUCGAGGAGGCGAAUAGUGUAUGCCCUGCCCAUGCCCGAAUUGUCAAGAGCCACAUUCUUUUUAGCUCGCCUGAAAAGCCAAUGCCUCGUUCAGGAAAGGGCACCGUGCAACGUGCUAUGACGCUCAAACUUUAUAAGCAAGAAAUUGAGAAUCUCUAUCAGGAUGCGGAUAAGCUAUCUGAGUUUGAUGCUACUCAAUUGCCCGGCCCGGGGGGAGUAGAUGACGCCACAAAGGUGGCCGAAUUUAUCAAGACUUCUAUCCUGGCUGUCACAAACUGGAGCGCAGAGAAGCUAACAGACGAAGAAAAUUGGUUCAACCUUGGUCUUGACUCUCUGCAGACCAUCACUGCUACCCGUAUCCUCAGAAAUGGUCUGAAAAUUCCAACACUUUCUCCGAAUUUGAUUUACCUGAAUCCAACGCUGGCUGGUCUUACCCAUGCACUGCAGAACUUCUAUAUAAACAGUGAAGAGUCUGCUAAAGCUGCCAAGCAUAAGCUUCUUCAGGAACGGGAUGAGCUAUUGCAAGAGCUUAGUGCACGAAUUGAAAUCCCCAAAGUCCAGAAGACCUCCAAUAUCUCCCCUACAGCUCAUAUAGUCAUUUUAACCGGAUCCACAGGCCAGCUGGGCACACAUCUGCUCAAUAGUCUACUGGAGAGCUCGGAAGUUGAACACAUCUACUGUCUGAACCGAGACGAGAAUGCGCGCGACCGCCAGUUUGAACGCGGAGCUUCUUAUGGACUGGCUCCAGUGGACGAAGGGCGUGUUGUUUUCUGGAAAGCCGAUAUCAGCCAGGUGAAUCUAGGAUUGCAGCCUGAUCAGCUCCAGAAGUUGCAGCAGACGGCUACCUUGGUUAUCCACAAUGCCUGGACUGUCAAUUUCAACCUCUCCUUAGCCUCAUUCAAGCCCCAACUAGAAGGUGUAGUAAAUCUUAUCAACUUUUCUGCUCAAGCCACUUCAUCCCCAAGAAUCCUCUUCGUCUCUUCUAUCAGCUCGGUUCUUGGCAAUCGGACUGCUCACGGGCUCACGCCUGAGAGUCUGAUCACUACUGAAAGUCCAGCGCCAAAUGGAUACGCCACUAGCAAGUACAUUGCUGAGCAUCUUCUCGGAUAUGCCGCUCGACGCGGUCUCAGUGGCGCUGCCUUCGCUCGUGUAGGUCAGGUAGCGGGCCCUAUCCGCUCCCCUGGCCUGUGGAAUAAAUCAGAGUGGUUCCCUAGUGUCGCUUUAAGCUCAGUACAGCUGGGCGCUGUUCCUAGUGAUCUUGGUGUAUCUCUCAGCCGCGUCGAUUGGGUUCCUAUCGACCUUCUUUCUGACAUUUUGGUUGACCUGUCCCUUCUGAACAACUCCGAGCUGAGUGUCUACCACUUAGUGAAUUUACACCCUAAGUCUUGGGAGGCACUCCAACCCGCCAUUUUAGAUGCCCUUCAGAAGGUCACCGGGAGACCCUUAGAGACCAUCCCAUUGCGAAACUGGGUUCUUCGUGUGAGAAAGGACAUCGAAUCUGCUGGCCGAGGAGGCAAAGGGCUUGAUGAGAAGAAAUUGGAGCUCCAUCUUGCUAAGAACCCAGCUGCUAAACUUUUGGAAUUCUUUGAGGCUCUGGUGACUCAGGCACAGCCGGAUGAUUUACUGGACACACAAAAGACUGCCCAGGCCAGUAAGAAGUUGGGUGAUGUCGAUUCUAUCAAGCCGGAGUGGGUCCAGAAAUGGGUUAAGGAGUGGCUGGAGUAG